CAAAACAGCUAUGCUUUCUUCCUCCAACCUCCGUACAAAAAGUUGAAGUUGGAUUGAUAAUCCAUGGAAGACUGGAAGUUGCUUCGAAGAAGGUAGUGCUUCCAUAUUCCAUUUCCUAGAAAAAUUAAAAAUCUUAAUUUCUCCCAAGAGGGUUUCAGGUUCAGCUUCCUUUCUCUCUUUUUGUUUCCUUUUUUUCUUUAGUCUCUCUGGUUGAUUCCACGUUAUUUCUUAUCUAAUUUCCUUGAUGAUUCCUGUCAUAUUUUUAGUUGGGUUCGUUGUUUCUCACGCCAAUUACCUCUCUUUAUAAACUCCAAAAAUUUGAUUUGAUUUUCUUUUUGGGGUAUCUGUUGAUUUCCAGCACCGAACAAUUAAGGGCUUUAGUUGAAUCUUGUGUGAAGUUUGAGAUUGAUUACUAUUGCUUGUUCAGUCUCAAACUGUCUGAUUUGGAGCUAAAAUUGCUACCCAAUUCUCUGUUGUUUCUCACGCCAAUUACCUCUCUUUAUAAACUCCAAAAAUUUGAUUUGAUUUUCUUUUUGGGGUAUCUGUUGAUUUCCAGCACCGAACAAUUAAGGGCUUUAGUUGAAUCUUGUGUGAAGUUUGAGAUUGAUUACUAUGACCUGUUCAAUCUCAAACUUUCUGAUUUGGGGCUCAAAUUGCUACUCUCAAUUCUCUGUUGUUUUUUGUGAUUAGUUGUUGUAGAGAUUCGGCGGGGAUCGAAUUUUCUGGAGGAGGGGAGGAUUUGAAAACGAAGAACCAGUGAUAAGAGUGUAGUUGAUUACAUGGUUUGAACUUUGAAGGUUCUGUGGCCAAUAUUAUUGGAUUGGUCAGGCAGCAGUAAGGGUUUCCUAUACAUUAGGAACUGACAAAAAGUUCCCAUUUCUCUUCAUCUCCGUAGUUCCUUUGUUCGAGAUUUAAACAGCAGCUCAGAGGACAAUGGUGGGUAUACUCCUUUUCUGACACCAGGUCUUUUCUGGGCAACUGUUUUGAUUUUGGUUUCUCCUUUUUUUGGGUUAAUAUGCAUCUGGUUUUGGUUUCUUUACUCUCUCUUGAUCUUUUUUUCUGUUCCAUUCUUUCAUCUAUUUGAGAUUAGACAAGAGGUGUCCCUGAAAUUGUUGCACUGGACUCUGUCGUUCUCUCAUCAAAUUUUUUGAAAUUGAUCCCAAAUACCUUCUCCGUGGUUCCUUCCAAUUUAUUUGCUUCUUGUGAGGGCAUCUAAUUUGAUUGUUUCAAUUUAAUUUCCAUCGCUUCAUCGUGCCUACUGAAUAGUGGGUCUUUUCUCUGUUGGGAAGUUCCUAAAUUCCUGUCACUAUUCUUGAGUUCGGAGGUACCGUUUGGUUUCAGGAAUUCAAGGCUUCAUUUGGGGCUACGAGAUUCCUUGCUGCUCUAUUUUACAUGCUAUGGCAGAUUGUAAAGAUGAGCAUGUCAUUGCAGCAGCACAGCACAUUGUAAAGGCAUUAGGGUCAAAUAAGAACUUGACUGAUGAAGUGAAGAAAAUUCUGGAAGAACUUGGCUCUCGAUUGUCCACCAUGACACUGCUGUCGGAAAACAAGAGAGGGGAGAUAAAUGAGAUUGAAAAGCGGCUCGAUUCUGUUCAGGAGAAGAUUGCCAGUUGGGAGUCUGAUCAGUCUAUAUGGGACUCAAGCCCGGGGGAAGCUUCUGAGUAUCUUCAAGCUGUGGAGGAAGUCCGGAGAUUGACGGAAAGCGUGGAGGCUUUAUCUUUGGAUGAAAAUGAAGCAGUGAAACUUCUUAACCGGGCUCACAGUGUUCUUCAAAUGGGAAUGGCUAAGCUUGAGGAAGAGUUCAGUCACAUUCUUGUGCAGAAUAGUCAACCCUUUGAACCUGAGCAUAAGCCCUUCCGUUGCUGUGAAGUAGAUUUUGUGGAUGUGGAAUCGACCGUUUCAGUCGAAGAUGAUUUGGAUGACUCACUUCGAAGAGAUAGUACCUCCAGAGGCUUGGAGGAAUUCAUCAUAGAUCUGGUUCAUCCAGAUGUAAUUCCUGACCUCAAAGGCAUUGCAAGUUCGAUGGUUGCCUCAAAGUAUGAUCAGGAAUGUUUUCAGGCUUACAUUAGCAUCCGAAAAGAUGCUGUGGAUGAAGGCCUAUUCAUUCUUGAAGUGGAGAAACUUAGUAUCGAAGAUGUGCUAAGGAUGGAGUGGAGUAGCUUGAAUUGCAUGAUCAAGAAAUGGAUCCGGGCAGUGAAGAUCUUUGUGCGUGUUUACCUUGCCAGUGAGAAAAAUCUUUGUGACCAGAUACUGGGGGAGUUUGCAUCAGUUAGUUCAGUUUGUUUUGUUGAGGUAUCAAAGGGUUCAAUGUUGCAACUCCUGAAUUUCGGUGAUGCCAUAGCAAUUGGGCCCCGACAACCUGAAAAGCUGUUUAGGAUUCUUGACAUGUACGAGGUUCUGGCUGAACUUCUCCCUGAUAUAGAAACUCUUUUCUCUGAUGAGGCCGGUUCUUCAGUCAGAAUUGAGUGCCAUGAGGUCCUAAGGAGAUUGGGUGAUUCUGUUAGGGGCACUUUUCUUGAAUUUGAGAAUGCAAUUGAAUUGAACACAUCCACAAUUCCCUUUGCCGGAGGUGGGAUCCAUCCUCUGACCAAUUAUGUCAUGAAUUACAUCAAGGUCCUUACCGAUUACAGUGAUACCCUCAAUCAUCUUCUUGAAAAGCAUGAUUUAUAUCCUGCUUCCGCACUAUCUAAUACCUACCCUGUGAUAGAGGAGGAGAAUGAGAACAAGUGCUCGUCUUCCUGUACUUCCCUGAUGGCUCACUAUCUACGAUCAAUCACUUCAGUUCUAGAGUCCAACCUUGAUGGUAAAUCCAGGUUGUACAGGGAUGAGUCUCUGCAGCACUUUUUUCUGAUGAAUAACGUCUGUUACAUGGUUCAAAAGGUUAAGGGUUCUGAACUAGGAGCACUUUUGGGGGAUAAUUGGAUCCGGCAACACAACAGGAAAUUCCAGAAGCAUGCAAUGAGUUAUGAGAGAGCUACUUGGAGUUCUAUACUCUCUUUACUGAAGGAUGAGGGGAUCUGCAACCCAGGUUCAAAGUCUGUCUCGAAAAUACUUCUAAAAGAGCGGUUUAGAAAUUUUAAUCUAGCUUUUGAGGAGGUUUACAAGAGCCAGACUGGGUGGUUGAUCUCUGAUCCUCAGCUUCGGGAGGAUCUACGGAUCUCAGUGUCACUGAAAGUUAUCCAGGCAUACCGGACAUACAUGGGAAGACAUGCCAGUCAGCUGGAUGGUGGGAGGCAAAUUGACAGGUACAUCAAGUACAAUGCAGAUGAUCUGCAGAAUUUCCUCUUGGAUCUCUUUGAGGGAUCCCCAAAAUCAUUGCAUAGGAGGAGGCUGAGAAAAGAAGGCAUGUUCCAGGAAAAAAGCGGCCAAGAGGCAUUGGGUGGGUGUGGGACUAUGCUCAAUGAAUGUGCCAAGCAUGAACAAAAUAUUCUCGUAGGCUCCAGUUGUUUCCAGGUCAUGGCUCUAUGCGAAGACAUCAGCUGCACUGGUGCCACCAUUUACACUCUUGCCCUCUCUGCACUGUGAAGUCCUUUCUAUCCCUCAUCAUUUGCACACCCCCGGUGCAGUUGAAGACAAGCAAUAGUUUUUUCCUCUUUUUCUUCAAAAACCAGCUUCAUCAUCUGAUGAAUAGCCAACAGAGUUGUCAGGCAAUUGAUGGGUGACAGACUAAUCCACACGAAGGUGAACAAAUUCUACGGUUCUUUCACAGCAUAGAGCGUGUGUUCAGAGAUCUGGUGCAGUUACUAGUUGGGUACUUUGUUUUUGGUCCUCAAAGGGAAUGAGAGUAAUGGUGGAGGUUGAAUUUGAUAUUUGUGGCUCAGGGAGAAAAAGAUGUUUUUUUGACGUUUAAUAUUUACUACAUUCAGUGAGUUGAUUUUCUUAUGUUUGAGCAUGUUCAUUUUGCUAUCAAGUUUUCAUGGUAUUUGACUGUAUCCUGUUUUUGCUCCCCUUCUUGGUGUCUGUUGGAUUGAAAUGAAAAAGUAUAAUCCGUCUUUUGCAGUUGAAAUUUAAUUCUCUGAAGUUCUAGAGUUUAUAAGGAAAAUAGCCUUUAUUCUUCUUUGAUGACAUCUCUUAAAGUUGUACUGGAACUGUGCAAUAUCAUGCACAAUACGAAGUUCAUAUGGAAGUUUUCUUGCCACCAAGUAAAAAAGCAUUGGUUUAGGAAAUGCCUUGAAACUUGAAAGAGAGCACCUGUUUUGAUGCUUAGAAAAAGUAGAAAAUGUUCCUUCUGCCCUAUAUUUUUUACUGUGCUAUGCGGAAGGGGAAUCAGUCUGUCCUCUUUUCAGAAAUUAAAGUUUUAUGAAAGGGAUUUGGCCUCACUUCUUACUCUCAUUGGAGUGUCCUAGAUUCAUCCUCCUGAUGUCCUCGGCUUGAUGUGGUCCUAGGAAAUACAUCAUGAGGUUCAUUCUUCUGAUUGAUACUCUGAAUAUGCAAUAAACAGCAUUCGAAAUCAUACAACCGUCAAUGCCUUUGGAUUUCUGGCUGUGUUAAUUAUAGUUGAACUCAUUGCAAAAGGGGGGAAUUAGUAAAAAUCACAGUACGGACUAAACAGACAGAAUUACAUAAAUGGAGACCAGAACAAAAGGAAAAAUGAUGAACAACUGCAGUGACAAAUGGGGAGCAUACUUGAAGGUUCACACUUGCCCUACUCAUCUAUGAUUGAUUGCGCCAGUUGUAUGGAACUACAUACCAAAACCCUUUUGAUUUGGUUGUUGCAGUGUGACAGGUUAGCACAUUUGGGUCCUGCUUUUGGCAUUUUUGCACCUAGUGGACACUUUUAGAUUCAAACCCACAUCUUCACUUUGGCAGCCUGAGUUCUUCAUCUCCCUCCCUGCCUCCUUGUGUGUGUGUGUAGUUCUUUUCUGAUAUGAGGUUGUUUCAAACCAAAAAGGUUGUAAAGACAGCUUAAUAUCGAACAAGAUAAGAAAUAUGCCAAGGCCAUUCAAUGUAGGAGUCACUGCUUAACUAGGCCACCAAUUUGUUGAAUCAACAGACUUGGAGAUUUAGUGCCCACUAGGCCACUAUAGGUGCAGGUUUGUCACCUUUUUCCCAGAGUACUUGCAGAAGAGUUUCUUUGAAACAGCUACAGUUAGUACUCUGUUUCAGAUAAUCAGCUCUUGUUGGAUUCUAAUGCUGUAUCACAGAAGUUCAAAUAACCUAAUUUUUGAAGUGCAAAGCAGAGGCAGCAAUGGUAUAAGUUUUGUCAAUACCCAUUCAUCUUAUAAAAUAACUGUCACCUGCUUCAGCUGAAAAAAGAACAGAUCCAGAAGUUGCAGCUUCAGCUUGAAUGGCUUUUAUCUGGAAGAUAAGGGCGAGGCUCUGGCACAAUUUAAGUUGCACUAUUGCAAUAUGUUGGUCACAGGUUCAAAACUUGGAAACAACAUUUGCUACGAAGCAAGGCUACGGUUGCAUACACUUACCCCUCCCAGACCUUGCAGUAACGGGAGCCUUGUGUACUGGGUUGCUCUUAUAGUGGCUUCAUUGCCUCAUUGGUGCUCAAAUUUUGUGGACAACUCAUAUUAUAGAUUUUAUGUGAUAAGUUUUAGCUUAAAAGCACCAGAACUCCUAGCAUGUCUCUUAUGGUUAAGAUUUAAACUAGGAAAUAUAGAAGGGAAAUACUUUAAUAGCUGGUAGACCAUAUGCAGUUUGGCUUUAUUGUAUUUUAUAUGAUCUGUUCAAGAACAGAAUAAUAUUUUCAUUGAUUUAUACACAUGAGCCCAA